GCCGUGGGGGCGGUGCAGGUGCUGGGCUGGGGGCGGGCGGACGCGGUUCUCUCCGGAAGGACUGAGGCUUCUUUAGACCCGCCCGCCUCCGCAGCUGCCUGAAGCAGUGUAGGGUCAGCCUGCGAGUUGUGCAGCAUGGCGCUGGCCGCUCGACUGUGGCGUUUUCUGCCUUUACGACGUGGAGCAGUCCCGAGGUCUCGGGUCCCUGCGGGGACUUCGGGCAGCCGCGGGCAUUGCGGCCCCUGUCGGCUCAGCGACUUUGAGGUAAUGGGAAACCCAGGAACUUUCAAAAGAGGCCUUUUACUCUCAGCUUUGUCUUUUCUGGGUUUUGAGACUUACCAGGUUAUCUCUCAGGCUGCUGUGGUUCAUGCCACAGCCAAAGUUGAAGAAAUACUUGAACAAGCAGACUACCUGUAUGAAAGCGGAGAAACAGAAAAACUUUAUCAGUUGCUAGCCCAGUACAAGGAAAGUGAAGAUGCAGAGUUACUGUGGCGUUUGGCACGGGCAUCACGUGAUGUAGCUCAGCUUAGCAGAACUUCAGAAGAGGAGAAAAAGCUAUUGGUGUAUGAAGCCCUAGAGUAUGCAAAAAGAGCACUAGAAAAAAAUGAAUCAAAUUUUGCAGCUCAUAAGUGGUAUGCAAUCUGCCUUAGUGAUGUUGGAGAUUAUGAAGGCAUCAAGGUUAAAAUUGCAAAUGCAUACAUUAUCAAGGAGCAUUUUGAGAAAGCAAUUGAACUGAACCCUAAAGAUGCUACUUCAAUUCACCUUAUGGGUAUUUGGUGCUAUACAUUUGCUGAAAUGCCUUGGUAUCAAAGAAGAAUUGCUAAAAUGCUGUUUGCAUCUCCUCCUAGUUCCACCUAUGAGGAGGCCUUAGUCUACUUUCACAGGGCAGAACAAGUAGACCCAAACUUCUACAGCAAAAACUUACUUCUCUUAGGAAAGACAUACUUGAAACUACACAACAAAAAGCUUGCUGCUCUCUGGCUAACGAAAGCCAGGGACUAUCCAGCACACACAGAAGAGGAUAAACAGAUACAGACGGAAGCUGCUCAGUUGCUUACAAGUUUCAGUGACAAGAAUUGAGAACUUUUCAGAGAAGAUGUAUGAAAUAGCUAAUAAGCACUGCCUUUUCGUUGAAUUAUAAAGUUCACAUAUGAAGCAUAACUGUUCUAUGGCUUUUGAAAUGUUGUGACCAUUUAACAGUAUAAAUAUAAAAAAUUCUAGGUUUCUUCACAAAUAAUAAGGUAAGAGAAAUAAUUGCUGUAAGAGUGGUAGAA